AUCCACCCCCACCAGGCUGAAACUUGAAAGCUGCUCCAGCUACAGUUGCGUCGUCUCCAACUGAAAAUCAGAUCAAAGCGCAUUCGCUCUCCCGUCUCGGACGAUCUCCACUGCGCCGGAGUCGACGGAAUCUUCGCAGUUGACGCUCCUACUGCCCCCCCCCCCCCCCCAUCGUCGCCGUCAACAUCUGUGACCUCCUCGUUUCCCUGAGAAUUGCGGAAGAGCGGCGUCGAUUGCGGCGGAGAUUGAGAUUCGGAGCUGACUGAGCUUGUGAUCGAAGGCUCGGAGCAGUUGAUUGGUCGAUAGGCGAGUGCCUUGUGGGAUGGGAAGGAUUGGACUCGAAAAUGAGUAGGAUUUGGGGGUAUUUUCUGGAGGCGCUUAUUAGAGCUUCACAUUUCGGCGCUUCUCCGGUAGGAUGAGUUCGUUGGAUGCCGGAAGAGUUGGUGGACCUGUUGAACGGGACAUCGAGCAGGCUAUAAUAGCUCUCAAAAAAGGAGCUUGCUUGCUUAAGUAUGGAAGACGAGGAAAGCCCAAGUUUUGUCCAUUCCGAUUGGCAAAUGACGAGUCUGCUCUAAUAUGGUUUUCAGGUAAAGAGGAGAAAUACCUUAAACUGAGUCAUGUUUCCAGAAUAAUAUCUGGACAGCGCACGCCCAUUUUCCAAAGAUACCCAAGGCCUGAGAAGGAGUACCAAUCAUUUUCUCUAAUAUACAAUGAUAGGUCACUGGAUUUGAUAUGUAAAGAUAAAGAGGAGGCAGAGGUCUGGUUUAGCGGUUUGAAGGCACUGAUUUCACGUUCUCACCAGCGGAAGUGGAGAACAGAAUCACGAAGUGAUGGGAUCUCAUCAGGUGCUAGUAGUCCCAGGAUUUACACACGUAGAAGUUCUCCGCUGCAUACUCCAUUUGAUGCUAGUGAUAGCCUGCAGAAGGAUGUCAGUGAUCAGUUACGAUUCCAUAGUCCAUAUGGAAGCCCGCCUAAAAGCGGUAUGGAUAAGGCACUUUCUGAUGUGAUGCUGCUACCCCCCAAAGGGGUUUUCCCUUCAGAUUCUGCUACUUGUUCUCUUCAUUCCUUUUCUUCUGGAGGUUCAGAUGGGGUACAUGGUCACAUAAAGACAGUGGGGACGGAUACUUUUAGAGUAAGCCUUUCAAGUGCUGUUAGCUCAUCAAGUCAAGGUUCUGGGCACGAUGACAGUGAUGCCUUAGGUGAUGUCUUCAUCUGGGGGGAGGGAACAGGGGAUGGUGUACUGGGGGGUGGACCUCAUAAAGUUGGCAGCUGUUUUGGGGCAAAAGUGGAUUCUUUAUUGCCUAAGGCUUUUGAAUCUGCUGUUGUACUAGAUGUAACAAAUAUCGCUUGUGGUGGUCAACAUGCUGCCCUUGUGACAAAGCAAGGAGAGAUAUUCUCUUGGGGCGAGGAAUCAGGAGGCAGGCUUGGACAUGGUGUUGAUUCUGACGUUUUGCAACCAAAGCUUAUAGAUGCCCUCAGCAAUACAAGCAUAGAGCUUGUUGCUUGUGGUGAACAUCAUACCUGUGCAGUAACACUUUCUGGUGAUCUCUACACAUGGGGUGAUGGUCAUUUCGGUCUUCUUGGGCAUGGGAAUGAAGUGAGUCAUUGGGUCCCAAAAAGAGUAAAUGGUCCUUUGGAGGGUAUACAUGUCUCAUGUAUUGCUUGUGGGCCUUGGCACACCGCAAUCGUGACCUCUGCUGGGCAAUUGUUUACUUUUGGCGAUGGAACUUUUGGAGUUCUUGGCCAUGGAGAUCGGAAAAGUGUUUUCAAGCCUAGGGAGGUAGAAUCUCUAAAGGGACUUAGAACUGUACGAGCCGCUUGUGGAGUUUGGCAUACUGCUGCUGUUGUUGAGGUCAUGGUUGGAAACUCAAGUUCAAGCAAUUGUUCUUCAGGCAAGCUAUUUACAUGGGGAGAUGGUGAUAAGGGUCGACUAGGACAUGGUGAUAGGGAAUCAAGACUCGUACCAACAUGUGUUGCAGCCCUUGUUGAACCCAAUUUUUGUCAGGUUGCUUGUGGUCAUAGCUUAACAGUUGCUCUAACCACUUUGGGGCAUGUGUACUCUAUGGGAAGUCCUGUUUAUGGGCAGUUAGGAAAUCCUCAAGCCGAUGGAAAACUUCCAUGUCGUGUUGAAGGAAAGCUUGCAAAUAGUUUUGUGGAGGAGAUAGCUUGUGGCGCUUACCAUGUUGCUGUUUUGACUUCACGGACCGAAGUUUUUACGUGGGGUAAGGGAGCAAAUGGAAGGUUAGGUCACGGGGAUAUGGAUGAUAGAAAUUCACCGACACUAGUUGAAGCUUUGAAAGAUAAACAAGUUAAAACUAUUGCUUGUGGUACAAAUUUUACUGCAGUUAUUUGCCUUCACAAAUGGGUCUCAGGAAGUGAUCAAUCUAUGUGUUCUGGAUGCCGACUUCCUUUUAAUUUCAAAAGGAAACGCCAUAACUGUUAUAACUGUGGACUUGUCUAUUGCCAUUCAUGCAGUGGUAAGAAAUCACUGAGGGCAUCAAUGGCUCCAAAUCCUAAUAAACCAUAUCGCGUGUGUGAUAGUUGUUUCUAUAAAUUAAAAAAAGCUGCUGAAACUGAUGCUUCAUCUCAUUCUUCUGUGAGUAGUAGAAGAGGAAAUAAGGAUCAGGGGCUACAUGAUGUUAUAGAUAAAGGUGAUAGAAUGGAAACACGACCCAGACCUCACCUUAAUAAGAUAUCUUCAAUGGAAUCUUUCAAACAAGUGGAAACCCGCUCUUCCAAGCAAAAGAAGAAGAUGGAAUUCAAUAGCAGUCGUGUGUCACCUAUCCCCAAUAGUGGUUCUCAGUGGGGUGCCCUCAAUAUGUCUAAACCUUUUAAUCCAGGCUUUGGUUCAUCAAAGAAGUUUUUUUCAGCUUCGGUUCCAGGAUCAAGAAUUGUUUCUAGAGCAACAUCUCCAGUCUCAAGACGAACGAGUCCCCCACGUUCCACUACACCCACGCCAACUCUUGGUGGCCUCUCUUCACCAAAGAUGGUGGUACUUGGUGAUGCUAAGAGAACCAACGAUAACCUUAGCCAAGAGGUUAAUAGACUGAGAACACAGGUGGAAAAUCUCACACGCAAAGCCCAAGCUCAAGAGAUAGAACUGGAAAGAACUACUAAACAGCUGAAGGAAGCAAUAGCAAUAGCAGGGGAGGAGACUGCCAAAUGCAAAGCAGCAAAAGAAGUGAUCAAGUCACUCACUUCUCAGCUGAAGGAAAUGGCUGAAAGACUGCCUGUUACGCGGAACACCAAGCCUCCAUCCACGAUUGUCUCCAUCACCCCACCAAAUUCUCUCUCUACAGAUGUUUCAACCAAUCAUGUGAAUGGUGAAGUAACAUUCCAAGAAUCAGAGUCAAAUGGAACAAACACGCAACCGCUUUCCAAUGGAUCAAUCACUGCUUAUAACCGCAAUGUUGGGCAAAUCAGGCAGGCCAUUUCAGAAGCAGCUGCAAGAAAUGGAAGCAGAGGGGGGAAAGAAGGCGAAUCCCGGAAUGAGAAUGAAUGGGUUGAGCAGGAUGAACCUGGUGUAUAUAUUACACUCACUUCCUUGCCAGGAGGGUUGAAGGAUCUCAAGAGAGUUCGCUUCAGCCGGAAGAGAUUUAGCGAGAAGCAGGCGGAGCAAUGGUGGGCGGAGAACCGGGCAAGAGUGUACGAAAAAUACAAUGUCCGCAUGGCGGCAGAUAAGUCGAGUAACGGAGCUGGAAGCGACGAGUGAACCCCACCUCCACCGCACCGCCACCUUCGUGGCGGCGGAAGCGGCAGCGGCCAAGUAGCAGCAGGUAAGAAUUAGGAAAUGGUAGUUGCGCUUUGGGUUGGUUUGGUUUGAAAGGGUUUUAUUCCUCCUGUUUUUAGUUUCCUAAUUAUUAUACUCCGGUAUGAUUUUCUUCUAUUACCUUUGGGUUGUUGAGGGUGAGAAAUGUAAAUUCCGAUUUGUAGCUUGGUGGGCCCCAUAACCCCACUUCACUUGUAAAUGUCUGUUCACAUUCAAUUUACACUGUUCGUCCCUUAGUAGUUUUGUUUGUUUGUUUUUUGCCUGGUUUUGAAAUCAUUGUCAUCCAAUGUUUUUGUUUGUUCCACAAAUUCUGUUGCAUGUUAUAUUUUGUUUGGUUUGGGUUAUGUGCCUGAACUAAUUAUAAUUAAUGUUCAAUCUAAUU